AUGCCCUCAAAACCGGCAAAAUAUGGCAUCAAGCUGUGGGUGGUGUGCGAUGUGGCCACUUCUUAUGCCUGGGGGAUUAUUCCCUAUCUGGGCAAGACGACUCGAGACGCCCCGGCAGAAAGGGGGCAAGGGAAGCGGGUGGUGCUGGAACUCACGGAGGGUCUGAGCGGCCGCACUGUCACCUCGGACAAUUUUUUCACCUCGCUGGUUCUUGGAGAGGAGCUGCUAAAAAAAAAAAUCUGUCUUGUGGGAACAGUUAGGCGCAACAAGCCAGAGUUGCCCCCACAGCUGCUCCAGAUGAAAAGCAGAGCGGUUCUGUCCUCCCUGUUCGGCUUCACCUCCACCGCCACCGCGGUGAGCUACAUUCCAAAGCGCCGGCGGAACGUUCUGCUCCUCAGCACCAAACACCAUCAGGUUCAGAUCCAGGAGGGACCGCAGCAGAAGCCGACCGUAAUCAUCGAUUACAACCGCUGCAAAGGGGCAGUUGACAACUUGGACAAGCUCGUUGCAACAUACAGCUGCCGCCGCAAGACCAGACGUUGGCCCAUGUCGCUCUUCUGCAACAUGUUAGAUGUGAGCGCCUACAAUGCCCUGGUCCUGUGGCUGUCUGUGGAACCGGCCUGGAACCAACAGAAGAGGAGCAUCCGUCGAAGGCUGUUCUUGCAGGACCUCCAUGGUGAGACCAGCCCAGGCGAGGCGCACUCGCUUGCCGCGGUCCAGCAGCGCUGCAGCUCUGUUGGAGGUGCAGCAGCAAGUGGAGCCAGGUCCAGCCCAGGAGCAGACAAAGAAAAGAUGCCACCUUUGCAGAGGGAAGAGGAGCGUGCAUGCACGCUUUUGCCAUGCAUGUGGACAGGCUGUGUGCAAGGAGCACUCAACAGUUGUGUGCUCAGCCUGCAGCUGUUAGCUCACUCCCCUCUGUGUUUCUCUCUCUUUCUCUCUCUCUCUCUCUCUCUCUCUCUCUCUCUCACACACACACACACACACACACACACACACACACACACACACACACACACACACACACACACACACACACACACACACUUUUUCUUUGUUCGUGUGCUUUAAUAAAGUGUUCAACUGGUCAUCUUUGUAAGUGCAUUUUUUUGUGCUCUAAUGACUUUAACGUGAGUAUUUUAGAAAAUAUGACAUUACACAAAAACUACAAAGUGAGCAAAAAAUAUUUUUAUGCCUAUUUGUGACACUCCAAGGCUGUGACAACUUACCCACAAAAAAGGUCAUCUGGACAUAACACACAAAAAAUGAUUUGAUUUUUUCAUUUUUUUGUACAGUUUUCAAACUUCGGGUUUUGCUAAUAAACCUAGCAAUGAAGGGGUUAAAUCUGAGAAACACACACAUAUUUUAUUAUAUUUUGUUAGGGCUGAAGCCAAGGAUGAAAUUCAUGUAAAAAAAUUGGGACUUAUGAAAUAUUAUAUAAUAUUUCUAUGGGAAGCUUUCUAAGUGCAUUUUUUUGUGCUCUAAUGACUUUAACGUGAGUAUUUUAGAAAAUAUGACAUUACACAAAAACUACAAAGUGAACAAAAAAUAUUUUUAUGCCUAUUUGUGACACUCCAAGGCUGUGACAACUUACCCACAAAAAAGGUAAUCUGGACAUAACACACAAAAAAUGAUUUGAUUUUUUCAUUUUUUGUACAGUUUUCAAACUUUGGGUUUUGCUAAUAAACCUAGCAAUGAAGGGGUUAAAUCUGAGAAACACACACAUAUUUUAUUAUAUUUUGUUAGGGCUGAAGCCAAGGAUGAAAUUCAUGUAAAAAAAUUGGGACUUAUGAAAUAUUAUAUAAUAUUUCUAUGGGAAGCUUUCUAAGUGCAUUUUUUUGUGCUCUAAUGACUUU